GGGCCGCGCGCAGGCGGCGCUCCGCAUUGCACACGCGGGGGGCACCGCAGUGUUCGUGGGAUGGGGCAGCUGGCUGCCUCUGGCGGCAGGGACGCGAGCAGCCCCGGUGCCAGUCCUCUACCACCGGCUCCAGUGCCCACUCUGAGGCCCUCUGUAUGAGUGACCUCGACAGUUGGCCAUGGAUCCCAGCCCUGCCCUGGCCUGGCUCCUGCUGCUGAGCCUGGUGGCCGACUGUCUGAAAGCUGCUCACUCCCGGGACUUCACUGUGAAAGACAUAAUCUACCUCCACCCUUCAACCACUCCAUACCCUGGUGGAUUUAAGUGUUUCACCUGUGAAAAAGCAGUAGACAAUUAUGAAUGCAACCGAUGGGCUCCUGACAUCUACUGUCCUCGAGAUACCAGAUACUGCUACACUCAGCACACGAUGGAAGUCACAGGAAGCAGCAUCUCUGUCACCAAACGCUGUGUCUCACUGGAGGAGUGCUUAUCCACAGGCUGCCGGGACUCGGAGCAUGAAGGCUACAAGAUCUGCACCUCCUGCUGUGAAGGAAAUAUCUGUAAUCUACCCCUCCCUCGAAAUGAAACUGACGCCACGUUUGCCAUCACAUCACCUAUAAACCAGACAAAUGGGCCCCCACACUGUGUGUCGGUGAUCGUGUCCUGCUUGUGGGUGUGGCUGGGACUCACCUUAUAGCAACCCUCUCUGCCAAAUGUAGAUGAGCUCUGUGGGUUUCACUGUGACCCAUAAUCAUGCAUGAAGUCAUUGGCUUGGCAGUAGUGAUGCAAUGCAACCACAGCACCCCCAGACGUCAUCGCAUCGCGGCCGGAAGUCAUCAGAGCAGCCGUUAAUUACCGUUAACCACGGGGAGCAAGCAUUGCUUCCAUGCUGUCAUUUCCAGCCUAACACAACCCCAUCUGAGUCAGCCUGUUCCCCAAUAAAUAUAGACCCCCAUUUCUAUACCACAAACCUGUGAUUUCACUCCAAGCAAGAGCUCUGUAUUUAUUGAUGUCCGGACUUCUUACUUCAGAAUCCAUGCAUGAGCUGCAGGAGGGCCUGGGCCCUCUGAGAAAUAAGCUAUGGAUGCAGGAGAUAGUCAUUCUUUUCAGGAAAAGAGUAAAGAACCAUUGGCUUAAUUGCAAUCAUACUGGCACCGACAGCUUUAGAAGUUUAAAACUUUAAAUCCGAAAUAAAUGGAAUCGUUUCUUUGAGAUUUGGAUGGAGUCCAUGAAAGAGUUGAAAGAACUUUGCUCAAUUUAAUUUUCCCAGUCCUCUUAUCUUAACAUUGGGAAACAUGUUCCUUCUACUCUUUGUAGAAGAUAAAAAAGGCAAUUAUAAAAGUUUGUUGUAUUUGUAGGAAUGAAAGAGAAAGAUUUCCUCCAACUUGAUGAAAUUAGCAUCCACAAAAUAGUGAUCCCUUUUUUUUGAAAAUUAUUUUUAUUAGAUAUUUUCUAUAUUUACAUUUCAAAUCCUUGUUUCCCCCACAAAAACCCCCAUUCCAUCCCCCUGCCCCUGCUCACUAACCCACCCACUCCCGCUUCUAAUAAUGGGACAGAUUGGCCUUGACUCAGGAACUAAUUAUGCUUCUUGAGUUCCUGGAUUCCAGCUGGACCAGCGGCAUCUAAAACGUUGCUAAAUGGAUAGGAUUAUUUUCUCCAGGUGUUGCAUACUACUCAGAUAUAGCUUAUCUAGUCAGAGAGAGGACUUCAGAAUAAAAGGAAGCUCUCCGGAGGUUAGUCCUAGCUCAUUUUGAAAGCUCAGAAAUAGCUAAGCAAAAAUUCUUUCGCUUUCCAUAGUAUUUACUGCCAAAGAGCUGUCUCCUUCCACAACCACAGUGACUUUAAAGAGAAAGUUCUGGAUUAACUUCUCAUUAGAUCAAUAAGAACACGCAGUGCUAGGAUGAGAAAAAGAUGAAUUGUAAGUAGUAUGGUGGCCUAAGGAGUAGUAGGUUUUGUUUCUUUCAGCUACUGUUUUUGAAGAAAAAAAGACUUUCAUUAACCUAAAAAAUUGUGUUGUUUUCUUCUCCCAUGUAAAUUCUUUAAAUGACAUUUAUUUUUGUAUGGUAUAAAUUGAAAACUAUAUUUCAAAAAAAUUCUUUUUUUUUCUGAGCAAAAUAUCAGUUAGAAUGCUUGCUUUUCAACAGGGGUAGGGAUUGCCAUCACUCCUGACCAUGGGAAGAUAUUUGUGAUGAUCCUCGUACUGAUGCUGAAAAAGUUACUGUGCUAUGAACAAGAGCUGUGCAUUUGCCUCAAGGGUUUAACUCAUCAUCUCCCCAGAAAUGUGGCCCAGGAAAUAUUAGAGUGGAGGCCAUCACUGGUGUGACUGUCUUUGCAGGGCUGUGGGGUGUGUCCACAGGGAACUUGGUCAAUGAUGUUAAAAUCUAUCUGCCCUGCACAGGGAACGUUAGCUCACAUGAGACCCCCCUCAGGGACCAAAUCUGAACUGACAGUAGAAACUCUGAUGCUAGUCAUUGAAGUUGCGUCACACAGCCUUAAUGAAGAGUUUGGCAGGCUUAUCAGUUUCCUGCUUAUAACUGUGGAUGGGAGAGCUGGACAGACAGAUCUGUAAGAAGCACCUCCUAUGUGCCCGGCACUUUGCUAAGCACUUUACAUAGUUAGGCCAUAUAACCCUUCAUCAGUUCUAUAAGAACAGAACAUAUUGAUGUGUACAAAUGAAGGUCCCAAGGCACAAAGAAGUUUGCCAAAUGAAGCCUUUUCCUUCAGAUUUAGU